AUGGAGGUAGGACAUAUUGUUUAUCAUACUCCAGUCUACGCCCAACAGUGCAAUUUAGAUGGGUGAUGGUUACUGGAACAUUCAUAUUAACCUCUACGUGAUCGGUGUCCUGUAUACGGGACGGUUGAGUUAACGUGCGCUAAUGUGAUUAGCAUGACUGUUGUAAGUAACAGCAAACUUUCCAGGACAUAGACAUGUCUUACAUGGGCAGAAAGCUCAAAUUAUUGUUAAUAUAACUGCACUGUCCAAUUUACAGUAGCUAUUACAGUGGAAAAAUACCAUGCUAUUGUUUGAGGAGAGUGCACAACAACAACUUGCAUAUCCUUGCUUCAGGUCUUGAGCUACAGGCAGUUAGAUUUGGGUGUCAUUUUAGGCGAAAAUUGAAAAAAGGGGUCGGAUCCUUAAGAGGUUAAUAAGGUUUUAAUUUGAUAUGGGCAAUGACUAUUGUACACAGUUCCCUUCCUCCCCUCUUGUCAUACCCAUCUCUUCUCUCCCUCUCUAUCCCUCACUCUCAGGUUCUUCUCAGUUUUUUCCUUGUCCACACUGCACCAUCUCCUUCACUGACUGUUACUUCCUGGAGAACCACAUCAAGACCAAACACCAGAAGCAGUACCUGGCCAUGUUGAAAAGCCAAGUCUCAAAGAGUAAAACCGUGUACGGCCCCACACACAGCUGUCCCCACUGUAGCUGCAUGUUCCAUACACCACGACAGCUAGACAUUCACACCCGCAAGGCCCACCCCUCUGCCCUUCCCCAAAAACCUGCCCCUCCCCGGAAACCUGCCCGUCCCCACAGGGUUCAGGAGAAGUUCCACACCUGCCCGCAGUGUUCCCGCAGAUUCAAGUACCUGGGCAGCCUGCUGAAGCACUGCAAGAGUUUGCACAAAAUGGCCGUUGUUCUCACCGAUGGACACAUUAGUUGCGCGGACUGUGGGAAGAGCUUUGAGAAUUGCUGGGGCCUGGGGCCUCACCGGUGUCAUGAACCAGAGGGUUCUAAACCUAAGGACACUAAACCGAUGGUCUGUCUGGAAGUCGGCUUCCAAUGCUUAGAGUGUGGCAAGAUCCUCACUACUCCUACGAGCCUGAACACUCACAUGCGCAUCCACACCGGAGAGAAGCCUUAUGUCUGCAAGGAGUGCGGCAAGCGCUUCUCAGAUACCAGCGCUUACCGUUAUCACUUGUUAAUACACAAUGGGGUCAAGCCAUUCAAAUGCCAGGACUGUGGGAAGUCUUUCAAACAGAAGUCGCUCCUCAGGAAACACAUGACUGUUCACUCUGGUGAGAGGAAGUACUCCUGCUCCCAAUGCGACAGGCAGUUUGCAUACAGGGAGAGUCUGAAGCUUCACCUGCGCACGCACUCAGGGGAGAGACCUUUCAAAUGUACGGUGUGUGGUAAAGACUUUGCUGACAAAGGUUAUCUGAAAACUCAUCUGAAGAUCCACAGCAACCAGAAAAACUACCAUUGUGGGGUUUGUGGGCGGAAGUUCAUAAGGAUUGGGGUGCUGAACAUACACCUGCGCUCACACACCGGGGAGAGGCCUUACCACUGCACAGUGUGUGACAAGCAAUUUUCCCGACUCGACCACCUGAAGAACCACCAGCGCACUCACACAGGUGAGAAACCAUACACCUGUACAGAGUGUGGUAAAAGCUACACUCAGUCUGGAGAUCUGGCCAAACACAAGCGCCUCCACACUGGGGAGAGGCCAUUUGAAUGUUCUGAAUGCCACAAACGGUUUAUCUGCUCUGCUUCUCUGACCCUGCACAUGAGGACCCACACUCACCGUGAUGUAAAGCCAUACUCCUGCCAAGAGUGUGGGAAGAGCUUUUAUGAACAGAGUCACGUUAAAGGCCACAUGAAAAUACACAAGGGGAAAUGUUAUUCCUGCCCCCACUGCUUUGUCAGCUUUGCUCGCAAGUCCAACCUCUCCAAACACCUGCUUAGAUGUUGUAAACCUAAAUGAUUCUGCUGUAUAUUUUUAACAUGACUCCUUUUAUGAAACUCAGUUACUCUUAUGAAUUAAUAGGAGGGGCGUCUGAUCUCUUUAGUCAGUGAUAGAUGUGACAACAAAUGCAAAUGAAAUUUUGCUCCCCUGUUUAUGGUAACGCCACAAUGUUUUAGCAAUCCUCCAGUUGGGUCACACAGUGAGCUCCAAAAGUAUUGGGACAGUGACAUGUUUUGGCUCUGUACUGCAGCACUUUGGAUUUGAAAUGAUACAAUGACUAUGAGGUUAAAGUGCAGACUGUCAGCUUUAUUUUGCGGGUAUUUUCAUACAUAGCUGGUGAACCGUUUGGAAAGAACAGCAUUUUUUUGUACAUAUUCCCCCCCCAUUUUAAGGGAACCAAAAGUAUUGGGACGAAUUCACUAAUGUGUAGUCAAAAGUGUAUUAUUUGGUCCCAUAUUCCUAGAAUGCAAUGCUUACAUCAAGCUUGUGACUGGAUGCAUUUGCAGUUUGCUUUGGUAGUAUUUUGUGCCCAAUAGAAAUGAAUGGUAAAUAUUGUGUAGUGUCAUUUUGGAGUAACUUUUAUUGUAAAUAAGAAUAUAAUGUUUUUAAACACUUCUACAUUCAUGUGGUCCUCUGUAGCUCAGCUGGUAGAGCACGGCGCUUGUAACGCCAAGGUAGUGGGUUCGAUCCCCGGGACCACCCGUACACAAAAAAAUGUAUGCAUGCAUGACUGUAAGUCGCUUUGGAUAAAAGCGUCUGCUAAAUGGCUUAUUAUUAUUAUUAUUAUUAUAUUAUUAUUAUUAUGUGGAUGCAGCCAUUAUUACGGACAGUCCUGACUGAAUCGUGAAUAAUGAGUGAGAAAGUUAGGCAUAUCAUACCCCCCCCACAAAAAAAAAAUCCUAACCUCCCCUGUUAUUGUAAUGGUGAGAGGUUAGCAUGUCUUGGGGGUAUGAUAUUUGUGCGUCUGUACUCUUUAUCACUCAUUAAUCACGAUUCAUUCUGGACGAUCCAUAAUCAUGGUAGCGUCCAACAAGUUUGUAGGGUAACAAUCUUGAUGUAAUCGUUGCGUGCCAUGAAUAUGGGACCAAAUAUUACACUUUUGACUAAUUUUAAUACACAAGUGAAUUUGUUCCAAUACUUUUGGUCCCCUAAAAUGUGGGGACUAUGUUCAAAAAGUGGUGUAAUUUCUAAACAGUUCAUACUCAAAUAAAGGUUAAAAUCUCACCUUUUUGGUAAGAAUAGUUCUAAAUUGCUGAGUUGUAGUCACUUUUGAGGACACAAGCUCAAAUACACAGUACAAAUAUGAUUCAAUUAUGAAAUGUUAUGUAUUUCCUAUUCAACAAAAUUGUAUGAAUAAGGCUUGAAAUGACUGAUGCCUUCUAAACGUAGCAUAAUGAAAUUCUAAAAUGACUAACGAUAAAAUGUGACCUUCAUAACUGUAAAUUACAUAUUUGUAUAUUUAGUGUUAGAGAAAAUGUGCAAAUUUUCUAGAGGUUUCUCUUGAUCGAAACAUCUGACCCCAUUGCUGUGAACAUCUCACAGAGCUCUAGAUUGGCUUCAUGAACUUGUUAGGAGCUCUCCUUCCAUCUCAUAUUAAUAUUUUUUUGUUUAAAAUCUAUGAAUUAUUUUAGGUUAAUGGCUAUAAAUCGAUAUCUUGAGUGUGCUACUGUGAUGAAACCACUGUCUAUUUGGAGCCAGAGGAGGCCCAGCUCACCUACCUGCCCUCCACAUGGGGCGGAGGGGGGGGGGCAGUGCCGUGUCCCUGGCCCAUGCACGCACAGGCAAGCUGGGGGGGAAUUGUAGUUGGCCAGAGGGGGAGAGCUGGAGCCGUCUCCUACAAACACAAGCCAGGCUCCGGCCCCACCGUCCACCACCUUACUCUGGGCGGAGGGGGCAACAGUGGGCAGCACCUGCCCCUGCAUUACCUCAACACCCACCACUAUGUCCCCACCACCACCACCCGUCCUCCCACAGCGGGUACCAGCACUUCUGCCUCUCCGACCCCUUCCUGUCCCAGCUCAUGGGCUUCUCCUACUCCACCUUCAAAGUGGGGCCCAUCACCCUGGAGCCCACAGACGAAAGCAUAGCCGGGGUGGCCACCGUCCUCAUCCAGCUGCGGGGGGCAUCCUGGCCCCUAACCGCGCCUGCCUGGGGUCCGCCCUGGUCACACUAUGGCAGAACCUCCUGGAGUACUGUGGUUAUGGUAAUGUAG